AUGGUUGUCAGGGUGUGAAUGUUCCUUACAUAGCCUAGUCACGGCCUGGCUCGGCCCUGUCGUAUCCACCGUAAGAAUGUAACAUGCAUCCAUCACUGGCUGCCCCCUCAGUCUGCUGGGGCUGCGUGGGAGGCUGGGAGCUUUGUUUGCUCUGUUGUCAAUUCAAUCUAUUUUGGUUGAUUUAAAUGCAGACAUUGAUGGGGAUGCAUUUAGCCUGAAACAUUUUAAAGUGAAUUUAAUCUCCUUAAAAGAUUAAUGAAAAUCAACUGUUAAAACGGCUAACUUCUUAUAUGUUCCAAGACCAGCCUAAACUGUUGAAUCUUUCUGCAGGGUUGAACUUGGCAAGGAUCAAGUUCAAGUUCAUUUAAAAUGAAGACACAUUUUCUCUUGUAAAAUUAACAAAUUGACAAAGGGCAAGUGCAACUUGCUUUUAGACUGUCUUUUGCGGAACUAUACAUUUUGUGUGUAGGAAUGUGUAUCAAAAGCUUACUCUCAUUGUGUGUGUGUUUCAGAAUGACCAGCAGCUGGACUGUGCUCUGGACCUGAUGAGGCGUCUGCCUCCCCAGCAGAUCGAGAAAAAUCUCAGUGACCUCAUUGACCUGGUGAGUCUCCGGCAGAUGACAACCUUAUAGGGAGGGGCACUCAACAUGUACGGCACUUACACAAAUGACUAAUGAUUGGCGGAAAUAAAUUGAUAAGACAAUUGUGGGAGCUGUUUUGUUAGACUUCAGUGCAGCUUUUGACAUUAUCGAUCAUAGUCUGCUGCUGUAAAAACAACUAGUUUCUUUGGCUUUACGUCCUCUGCUAUAUCGUGGAUCGAGAGUUAUCUGUCUAACAGAACACAGAGAGGGUGUUCUUUAAUGGAAGCGCCUCCAACAUAAUCAAGGUAGAGUCGGGCAUACCCCAGGGAAGCUGUCUAGGCCCACUACUUUUUUUAAAUGUUUACUAAUAACCUGGCACUGAGUAAUGCCUGUUCAGGCUCCCUAUUUAUAAAGAAGAUGACAAGCUAUGAAAGAAAAAUACUCGAGGUUUGGUACAGCCAACUAGUGAACUUAAAGCAUUGUAUUUGGGACAAAUCAUUCACUAAACCUCAACUAAAUCUUUUAAAGAAUAAUGUGGAAAUUGAGCAAGUUGAGUAGACUAAACUGCUUGGUCUAACCCUGGAUUGUAAACUGUCAUGGGCACAUUUUUUUUUUUUUGUGGGGGGGGGAGUUGCGCACGGAGGGGUCAAUUGGCGGGAAGAACGCAAUAUACAGUAUUAAGGACACAUUGGUUAUACUAGAACUGUGAUUUGGUGCAUAAUGUCAUUCUUCUUAUUUAAAUUGUUUAUGGCAUUAGUAACAAUCUCAUUAAAUCAUUGUUCUAAACCAGGGGUGUCAAACGUACGGCCCGCGGGCCGGAUCAGGCCCGCAAACGGGUUUAAUCCGGCCCGCGAGAUGAUUAUUUUUUUUUUAAGUAUAAAAAUGCGCUGCAAUUUUUCAAUAAAAUAAACUGCUGUUCCAAUUGCGUCCACUGGAUGGCGCAAUAGCAAUUGUGUUAAGCAAGCAAACUGUUUAUACCGGGGCAGAGCAAGUAGGUCAAGCACGUGCAGCCAAUGAGCUACUUUGUUUUGCCCGCAAAAUUUAUUACGGCUUCUACUUUUAACAUUAUGUGCUUUGGCACCCUCAUUGCCCCAAUAUGUCUCUGUCAAAAAAGAGAAAAGUGGACGCAGAGUGUUCCAAGAAAAAUGGUCAUCCUAUUUAAUCACGGAAUUGAAUGGGAAAGCUGUAUGUUUGGUGUGUUUAGAGCAUGUUGCAGUGCUGAAAGAAUAUAACCUUCGUCGCCACUAUGUGAGUCUUCAUGCUGACAAAUAUGACAACUUUCAAGGACAGCGGAGAUGAGAGAAGGUGAAUGAACUGUUGGCGGGUCUGAUGACACAUUGACCGUCACCGAGGAGUUCGUGGAGUUGGUGCCGAUGACAGAUACAACGACAGCAGCUGAUAUUUUUACCGCACUCGUCGGCGCGCUGGACAGGGUCGGAGUGGACUGGUCCCGCGCUGUCAGCCUGGCUACAGAUGGUGCGCCCUCAAUGAUCGGGAAAAAAAGCAGGCGUUGUGACAAAGUUCAGAGAGAAAGUGCAAUCUGCAAAUGGAGGACGUGAUUUUUUGACUUUUCACUGUAUUUUGCACCAGGAGGCUUUGUGUUGCAAGUCAUUAAAGAUGGAUAACGUCAUGAAGGUGGUCAUCCAAACUGUUAAUUUCAUCCGAUCCAGAAGCCUGAAUCACCGUCAGUUUGACAGCCUUCUCAGAGAGAAAGACCACAUCUAUGGCCUGCCAUACCACACUGAGGUAAGAUGGUUAAGCCGAGGUGCUGUGCUGAGGCGUUUCUUUGAUUUACGAGAAGAAAUUGAACAGUUCAUGGAAGAAAAGGGCAAACCAGUGUUAGAAUUUCAUUCCGCAGAAUGGAUGCCGGACCUUGCAUUUAUGGUGGAUGUUACAGAGCACCUGAAUAACUUGAACAAACAGCUGCAAGGGCGCAACAAAGUUGUCACGCAGUAUUAUGACAGCAUACGUUCUUUCAAGUUGAAGCUGUCAUUGUGGGAGACGCAACUUGCCGGUGGUGAUGCAGCUCACUUCCCCUGUCUGAAAAAUGUGUGCGCGACCCAACAUGUGGCAGACAUGAAGCGGUUCAAAGAUAAAAUAACUGGACUGUUACGGGAGUUUGAGCAACGCUUUCAGAUUUAUGUUUAUAUGUUUUUAUGUUGAUGUGCUAUUGUUUUUAAUUGAUUUUAUUUUAUUUGUAUAUUUAACCUAUUCUUGACUCUGUGGUUCUUGCACUUGUUUGGGGAACAGGAUUUCAUUAUUUUUAUCUACAUUUCUGCCUGAGAAAUGACACCCUGAUAUAGUUCUGUGAUCUGUGAAACAGUUCUGUUAAUCACUGAGGCAUUGUGUGUUUGUGUGUUCUUUUUCUUUAGAAUUUUCAAAUAAACUUGACGUGUUUUAUGAUUAAUAGUGAUGUUGUGCUUGUACUAUUUUGGACACACUGUCCUCAGGCUCCAGCUUUAUGUUGUAUGUUGAUCGUAUUAAAACAAAGAAAACAAUCUGAAGUUGUUGUUUUUAAGUUAUAUAUACCAUGAUUUUUCCGGUCCGGCCCACUUGGGAAUAGAUUUUCCUCCAUGUGGCCCCUGAGCUAAAAUGAGUUUGACACCCCUGUUCUAAACAAAACCGUGUUAGGCCUAGUUAUGUUUUAUCUUGUUUAGGCUGCAAAUUGAUUUUCAAAUUGAUAGGGCUAUUUUUCUCCAUUCCAUAAAAAGACUCAGAUAUCAGUUAGAUUAGCCUACCGUAUCAAGUUUAGUCUAUUGUUAUUUAAUCUUGAUCAUCUGGGUAAGCUCAUUUGCUACAUUCUUCCAUUAGGCUACUUUCUGACAGUUUCAGACUGUAAAAGGAAGUGAUGGGAUAUCACUUAGUUACUAUGGUAUAGCCAGCCUUAUGCUAAAUAUAGAAAAAAAACGAUAGCUGACUUGGUGGGAAAGAAAAUCAUGUCUUCGCCUGUUUGGCAUUUCUUUGGUUUCAAAGGAUAGACAGACUACAAACCUCUGUGAACAUUUACAAGUCCAUCAUCCUGCUGAGUUCGUUACACUGUGACAGAAAAGAAAAGGUGUACAUGCUGGUGUUCCUUGCCAGAAACCUUUAGGUAGACCUAAUGGUUCCUCGUGGCACUUUAUUUAACUUUAAAUGUAGCCUAUAUUCAAAUCCAGAUGCAUCUUAUUCGAAAGACAGGCUAAAAUAUUCUGUCAAACCUUGAAAGACUUACUUGCACUUUGUUUUUUUGCAUUAAUUUAGGUUAUUUUCGUACUUAUUUUGUUUAGGCUACCUUAUUUAUUUUGUAACUUGUAGGCAUAUAUUUAGGAUUUGUACAGUUCGAUAGGCAAAAUGCAUAGGCUAUCCUAAUAGGCCUAUUUGUUUUUAGCCUAAGCAAAUGUUCAUUUGUUUUUUAAGUGUUAUAACCUAAAGAAUGUUAUAAAUAACAAUCUGUUUGGUCUGAUUUGUAUAUUUGAGGCCUAUUUGUUUUUAGCGUAAGCCAAUGUUCAUUCAUGUGUUAUAAAGAAUGGUAUAGGCUAAAUAAUCAUUUAUUUUAUCUGAUUGUUGUUGACUUUUUAAGCUGAGUAUACAAAACAUUAAGAACACCUGCUCUUUCCAUGACAUGACCAGGUGAAUCCAGGUGAAAGCUAGGAUCCCUUAUUGACUUGUUAAAUCCACUUCAAUCAGUGUAGAUGAAGGAGAGGAUGUUUUAUUUUUUAUUUAACCUUUAUUUAACUAGGCAAGUCAGUUAAGAACAAAAUCUUAUUUACAAUGACUGCCUACCAAAAGGCAAAAGGCCUCCUGCGGGAUCAGGGGCUGGGAUUAAAAAUAUAGGACAAAACACACAUCACGACAAGAGACACUACAUAAAGAGAGACCUAAGACAACAACACAGCAUGGCAGCAACACAUGACAACGCAGCAACACAUGACAACACAGCAUGGUAGCAACACAACAUGACAACCACACGGUAGCAGCACAAAACAUGGUACAAGCAUUAUUGGGCACAGACAACAGCACAAAGGGCAAGAAGGUAGAAACCACAAUACAUCACGCGAAGCAACCACAACUGUGGAGUUGAGAAACUCUGCUAGCUUAUACACAGACUUAUAGUACACUUCUAGACUACUUACUAACAGCCAGGACUGUGCUUGAAAUCUCCCAUAGUGCAAAAACAUCUGACAGAUGAAGCUGAAUCAGACAGAAAUCAAACCACACUUUCUCUAGUGAUUGUUCUCCACCUUUUUUGGGGAUCAUAUCCGUUCUUCCCUUCAGACCCCAUCUGCUCCUCUUCCUUUCUUCUCCCCUUUGACAACUCACUCCCCUGGGCACCAGCACUCUCCUUGACCGCUUCAGCCCGCUCCUCUGUAUCUGGUUGUUAGUGCUCAUUAGCAAAGCUGUCAUUCUACAUAAGCCCAUUUAGCCCCUCCCUCUCGUUACUCUCGCUCCUUAUGGUUGGGAAUCACCUGAGCUCACCUCCCCUGUCCUCCUUUCCCCCUCUCUACUGGUCUGUCCACCCACCCCACUCUCUCUUUCCUCUGUGAUUCUACUUUCUACCCCAAUUUCCCCCUUCUACCUGCCUUCUGUCCCCCCUCUGUCUCUGUGUGUCUGGCAGUUGCCAGGUGUGUGGCGCUCUGUCCGGGGAACAGAGCAGGCAUUGUCUGUGUGUUCUGAUGUGGGGGUGGGGGUGGGGGGGUCCGUGUCAGUCUGUGAGUAGUCAUUUGUACCCCUUUAUCCCCCAAGACUGUUGUCAUUCAAAUUCUUUCCCUAUUCUCUCUCCCAUUUCCCUGUGUCACCUUCUCUCCCACUUAGCAAGUAGACAGGGAAUGAGGAAAAAAUGGCUUAUUUCCCCCUCAUAUUGAUUCAGGGACAUCUAAUGCCAGAUUUCUCUAGUCUCCCUGUCUCAUCUGUUUCUCAUGCACACUAUGCCCCCCCCCCCCCCCCCAUUGUCUCACGUCAGAUCCCGUCAUUCCUACGUGACGCUCGUCCCUCAACCAAUCUGUGUUGUAGGAAGUGGAACUCAUCUUCUGAAAAUCACUCCGCUCUCGGUAGCUAUGAUGCACUGGCUACUACGGCAAACUAUGCUCCAGCUAGCACCCUAGUGCAAGCUUGUUUGAAUGGCCAUACGGUAGCUAGUUUGCCAGCUUGUUAUUGAAGUAGUACAGCACCGAAAUUGUGGGACUGUCCUCAAAAAUCUGCAUGUAGCUGACUGACAGCUGGCACUGUGCCUCGCUACUUUGUAAUAUUUGACCAACGCGAUAACGCUGCAGAGAGCAGUCAGCUGUGCAGUAGAACUCAGCGCACUAAUCACGGCAGAACAGAUAAUCAUGAUAACUAAUUUGUGCAUUAGCUAGAACUUCUCUAUGCUAGCUAGCGGGAGUAUUCAGCAUUGAGUGUGUGUGAACUGGCGUUGUUAGCAUCCCUGCCUUUCGUUUCAUAUAUAUUGAUUUGAGACUGGUUCAGCCAGCAAGCAGACAUUAGCUAGCAAAUUUCGUGCACAUUUAGAAUUUCACAAAUACUGAUUCUACCACCACAAAACACCUUAGCUAGAUGUAGAAUUGGGUAGUGAAUAUUUGCUCAGGUUUUGGUAAGAUUGAGUCUUUUGAGGAUGAAAGGGGGUUCAGGGGACGAUGUCACCUUGGUAACAUUUUCAAAUGUUAAGACAGCAUAUUGUAGCCGGACUGCUUUUUAGCUAUCCUGUGAGUGUUUGCGAGUUAUCAACAGUGUUGCCAACUCCUCAGUAACGAAAGUAGCUAUUGGCUGUCCUAAAAGUCGCUAGAAGAUGCUAAAUUACGUCAUCACCUAAUUUGCAUAAUUUGCCAUGUGCAUGUAAUUGUGAUGGACGCUGUAGGAGAGAGUAAUAACGUUGUGGGAGAGACAAAAAGUGAGUAAAAAACACCCUACAUUUACAUCCCGCCCUGAAUGUAAGCCAGGGCGGGAUCAGCCAGCGGCGGCUUCCUGCAUGCGCGAUUCAUUUGCAGUCUGGACGCGGAGUGGUGAACAUCUCCUGCUCUGACUGCAGCUGGGAGGGACUGCUGCGCGUGGACUGGGCCGCCUGUGAGUGCUUUGGGACGGGGGUAACAAAGCACCCGCUGCUCGUUGAGAAGAGUAAGAACGAUACGUACUUUCACGUCAGUCUCCAAUAACACAAAAUAUCAUGUCACUAUAUAUAUAUAUAUUUUUUUUUUCUUCUGAAUAAUACAAGUUCUAAAUAUGUUUCAGGGCUUGACUUAUUUAAUUUUUUUAGUUGUCCAAAAGCUCAAGUCACUUGUCCCCCCCCCCCCCCCCAAAAAAAAAAUGGUCUAACACCAUUUUUACAUCAUUUUAUGAUGCAAGGAACCAGUUUACAAAAUAAAAUGCAUUACUAUCUUUUUUACCAUGGAGAAUCACAAAAAUAUAGGCUACUCUCUGGCUAUUGGCUUCUUUGCAUAUUGAAGCCCAUCUCAAAAUACAACACUGCCCGUUUUAAGGCUCUCCUUGAGGAUGGUUGGCCACCCUUGGUAGCAUAUAGAAUAUUACAACAUUGCAAUUACAACCAAGUACUUUUUGUAUAUGUCUACUGUUCAAAACAGACUCAUGGAUGACAGAUCUAAAAUACAUACAUACCACUGCACAUAAGAACAUUUUAGCUGCAUGUGCAUGCGGUUUCAUGUGACAGAUGAAAAUAUCCGUUAGAAAUUUAAAAAAAGGGGAGAUCUAAAGACUCAUCAACUAGCAUGGGUUACAAUACAUCACGCGAAGCAGCCACAAUAACUAUCCAGUUUGAGUGCUUUUUGCAGCUCGUUCCAGUCGCUAGCUGCAGCGAACUGGAAAGGGGAGCGACCCAGGGAUGUGUGUGCUUUGGGGACCUUUAACAGAAUGUGACUGGCAGAACAGGUGUUGUAUGUGGAGGGCUGCUUUAGGUAUCUCAGAUAGGGGGGAGUGAGGCCUAAGAGGGUUUUGUAAAUAAGCAUCAACCAGUGGGUCUUGCGACGGGUAUACAGAGAUGACCAGUUUACAGAGGAGUAUAGACUGCAGUGAUGUGUCCUAUAAGGCGCAUUGGUGGCAAAUCUGAUGGCCGAAUGGUAAAGAACAUCUAGCUGCUCGAGAGCACCCUUACCUGCCAAUCUAUAAAUUACGUCUCAAUGGGUAGGAUGGUCAUCUAAAUCAGGGUUAGUUUGGCAGCUGGGGUGAAAGAGGAGUGAUUACAAUAGAGGAAACCAAGUCUAGAUUUAACCUUAGCUUGCAGCUUUGAUAUGUGCUGAGAGAAGGACAGUGUACUGUCUAGUCAUACUCCCAAGUACUUGUAUGAGGUGACUACCUCAAGCUCUAAACCUUCAGAGGUAGUAAGCACACCGGUGGGGAGAGGGGCAUUCUUCUUACCAAACCACAUUACCUUUGUUUUGGAGGUGUUCAGAACAAGGUUAAGGGCAGAGAAAGCUUGUUGGACACUAAGAAAGCUUUGUUGUAGAGCGUUUAACACAAAAUCCGGGGAGGGGCCAGCUGAGUAUGACUGUAUCAUCUGCAUAUAAAUGGUUGCGAGAGCUUCGUACUGCCUGAGCUAUAUUGUUGAUGUAAAUUGAGAAGAGAGUGGGGCCUAGGAUCGAGCCUUGAGGUACUCCCUUGGUGACAGGCAGUGGCUGAGAUAACAGAUGUUCUGACUUUAUACACUGCACUCUUUGAGAGAGGUAGUUAGCAAACCAGGCCAAAGACCCCUCAGACACCAAUACUUAGCCGGCCGACAAGGAUGCAAUGGUCUACCGUAUCAAAAGCUUUGGCCAAGUCAAUAAAAAUAGCAGCACAACAUUGCUUAGAAUCAAGGGCAAUGGUGACAUCGUUUAGGACAUUUAAGGUUGCAGUGACACAUCCAUAGCCUGAGCGGAAACCAGAUUGCAUACCAGAGAGAAUACUAUAGACAUCAAGAAAGGCAGUCAGCUGAAUAUUGACAAGUUUUUCCAACACUUUUGAUAAACAAGGCAAAAUAGAAAUUGGCCUAUAACAGUUAGGAUCAGCUUGAUCUCUCCCUUUAAAUAAAGGACGCACCAUGGCUGCCUUCCAAGCAAUGGGAACCUCCCCAGAGAGGAGAGACCGGUUAAAAAGGUCAGAGAUAGGCUUGGCGAUGAUAGGGGCAGCAACCUUAAAGAAGAAAGGGUCUAAACCAUCUGACCCAGAUGUUUUUUUGGUGUCAAGUUUAAGGAGCUCCUUUAGCACCUUGGAAUCCGUGACCGCAUGCAGGGAGAAACUUUGUAGCGGGGCAGGGGAAAAAGAGGGAGGAGCAUCGGGUCUAGUCACAUUAGGAGGACUGGGAGAUGAGGAAAUGUUGGACGGGCAAGGAGGCAUGGCUGAGUCAAAUAGGAAUCCUUGACUUAAUGAAGUGGUGUUUUAAAGAGCCCAGCCAUGUGCUCUUUGUCAGUAACAACCACAUCAACAUUUAAGGGCAGCUGUGAGGAGGAAGGUUUAUUCUCCAGGUCUUUAACCGUUUUCCAGAACUUCUUGGGGUUAGACCCACAGAGAGAGAACUGCUCCUUAAAGUAACUAGCUUUAGCCUUCCGGAUAGCCUGAGUGCACUUAUUUAUCAUUUGCCUGAACGAGAGCCAGUCAGCCUGAGUAAGCGUGUGCUGAGCCUUUCGCCAAAUUGAAUUCUUGAGGUGGAGUAACUCUGCCAGAUCACGGUCGAACCAGGUGCUGAACAUGUUUUUAAUUCUCAUUUUCUUUAUGGGGCGUUUGUUAACAAUACCACUGAAAAUAUCAAAAAAGAAGGUCCAAGUGUCUUCGACAGAGGGGAUCAAGCUGAUUCUAUACCAAUUUACAGAGGCCAGGUCAUGAAGGAAGGCUUGCUCAUUCAAGUUUUUUAGAAAGAGUCUAUGACAAAUCAGGACAGGUUGUUUAACUGAGUAGCCGUUACAAACACAGGCUGUAAAACAGUGAUCACUAAGGUCAUUACAGAAAACACCAGACUGAUACCUAUCAGGAUUAUUUGUGAGGAUAACAUCAAGGAGAGUAGCCUUUUCUGGGUGUUUGGUGUCAUACCUUGUGGGAUUGGUAAUAAUCAGAAAGAUUUAGGGAGUCCCAUUCCUUUAGGACUUGGUCAGGUGGUUUAAGCAUUUCCUAGUAUGUCGACAGAAUCAAGCCUUUAGACGUUAAUGUUAAUUAUCCUUCAUUAUAAACUGGGUGGUUCGAGCCCUGAAUGCUGAUUGGCAAAAAAUUUAUUUUUACUGCUCUAAUUACGUUGGUAACCAGUGUAUAAUAGCAAUAAGGCACCUCAGGGGUUUGUGGUAUAUGGCCAAUAUACCACGGCUAAGGGCUGUAUCCAGGCACUCCGCGUUGCGUCGAGCAUAAGAACAGCCCUUAGCCGUGGUAUAUUGGCCAUAUACCACACCCCCUCGUGCCUUAUUGCUUAAUUAUACACCUGAGUAUACAAAACAUUAACACCUGCUCUUCCCAUGACAGACUGACCAGGUGAAAGCUAUGAUCGCUUUAUUGAAUAUGUUUACAUGCACACUAAUUCGAUAUUAAACUGAUUAUGGCAGUAGGCAGAGUAUGGAAAUGGUCAGGUAAACACCUUACUCUGCUUAUCAUAAUUGGCGUAAGGUCAAAAUCUUAGUAAGCAUACGCCGAUUAAAACGGCUAGUUUUCUGAGCAAUCUCACCUCGUGGAGUUGCAAUGAUCAUGAGAACGGUGAGGAAUCAGCCCAGAUCUACACAGGAGGAUCUUGUCAAUGAUCUCAAGGCAGCUGUGACCAUAGUCACCAAGAAAACAAUUGGUAACACACUACGCCGUGAAGGACUGAAAUCCUGCAGCGCCCGCAAGGUCCCCCUGCUCAAGAAAGCACUUAUACAGGCCCGUCUGAAGUUUGCCAAUGAACAUCUGAAUGAUUCAGAGGAGAACUGGGUGAAAGUGUUGUGGUCAGAUGAGACCAAAAUCGAGCUCUUUGGCAUCAACUCAACUCGCCGUGUUUGGAGGAGGAGGAAUGCUGCCUAUGACCCCAAGAACACCAUCCCCACCGUCAAACAUGGAGGUGGAAACAUUAUGCUUUUCUGCUAAGGGGACAGGACAACUUCACCACAUCAAAGGGACGAUGGACGGGGCCAUGUACCGUCAAAUCUUGGGUGAGAACCUCCUUCCCUCAGCCAGGGCAUGGAAAAUGGGUCGUGGAUGGGUAUUCCAGCAUGACAAUGACCCAAAACACACAGCCAAGGCAACAAAGGAGUGGCUCAAGAAGAGGCACAUUAAGGUCCUGGAGUGGCCUAGCCAGUCUCCAGACCUUAAUACCAUAGAAAAUCUGUGGAGGGAGCUGAAGGUUCGAGUUGCCAAACGUAAGCCUCGAAACCUUAAUGACUUGGAGAAGAUCUGCAAAGAGGAGUGGAACAAAAUCCCUCCUGAGAUGUGUGCAAACCUGGUGGCCAACUACAAGAAACGUCUGACCUCUUUGAUUGCCAACAAGGGUUUUGCCACCAAGUACUAAAUCAUGUUUUGCAGAGGGGUCAAAUACUUAUUUCCCUCAUUAAAAUGCAAAUCAAUUUAUAACAUUUUUGACAUGCGUUUUUCUGGAUUUUUUUGUUGUUAUUCUGUCUCACUGUUCAAAUAAACCUACCAUUAAAAUUAUAGGCUGAUCAUGUCUUUGUCAGUGGGCAAAUGUACAAAAUCAGCAGGGGAUCAAAUACUUUUUUCCCUCACUGUAUAUUCUAUUUUUUUAUUUUUUUACUUGUCCUGGACAAGAGGACAAUCGUUAAUGUCAAACCCUGUGUUUUAUGAGUAGGGAAUGACCCUUGAAUGGCAACAAAUUCAUUGUAAGUGAUUUUAAUGGGCUUUCGCCAUUCUGAUUUUAUACUCAACCAAACUAGGAUAACAGUUGUCCAAUUUGUAGAAGUUUUCAUUUAAUUUAGCACUGUAUUAAAAUAUCGUCAUAGACGGUAUUGUAAAAAUCCAAAUCCAUGUGGAUCCAUACCGGUAUUCACAAUAUAUUGUUCAGACUAUAUUAAAGACUCAAAAGUAUGUGAGUCAUUGCUCUAUUAAUCUUAAAUGUGAUUUUGGAGUGGGUUGAUGGACAAAAACAUUGAUAGGUUCUGUUGUUCGUAAGUUACUAUGGUACCUGUUUAAAUAUACUGUGUAUGAAAUUGUACAGUAUGCUUAAAUAAAUCGCUUUUUUAGUUAAUUUAAGUUGAGCUAUAUGAAAGCGAGAGAGACAUAUUUUAGAAAAUGUUUUGGAGAACAUUUGAACGUUUUCAUGUACUGUGCCUUCAGAAAGUAUUCAUACCGCUUGACUUAUUCCACACACAAUACCCCAUAAUGACAAAGUGUAAACAUGUUUUUAGAAUAAAAAAGGAAAUGAAAUACAGAAAUAUCUCAUUUACAUCCCUGAGUUAAUACGUGUUAGAAUAACCUUUGGCAGCGACUGCAGCUGUCUUUCUGGAUGUCUCUAAGAGAUUUGCCCGCCUGGAUUGGACAAUAUUUGCACAUUAUUCAUUUUUUAAAAUUCUUCAAGCUCUGUCAAUUUGGUUGGUGGUCAUUUUAAAGUUAAUAUUAUUAUUUUAUUAUUCAGAAAUAACUAGGCCACUCAGGAACAUUCAAUGUGGUCUUGGUAAGCAACUCCGCUGAAAGGUGAAUUUGUCUCCCAGUGUCUGUUUGAAAUCAGACUGAACCAGGUUUUCCUCUAGGAUUUGCCUGUGCUUAUCUCUAUUCCGUUUACUUUUGGCCUAAAAAACUACCUAGUCCUUGCCGAUGACAAGCAUACGCAUAUCAUGAUGCAGCCAGCACCAGUGGUUCUCAGUGAUGUGCUGCGUUGGAUUUGUCCCAAACAUAACGCUUUGUAUUCAGGACGUAAAGUUAAUUUCUUUGCCACAUUUUUUGCAGUUUUACUUUAGUGCCUUAUUGCAAACAGGAUGCAUGUUUUGGAAUAUUUGUAUUCUGUACAGGCUUCCUUCUUUUCACUCUGUCAUUUAGGUUAGUAUUGUGGAGUAACUACAAUGUUGUUGAUCCAUCCUCAGUUUUCUCCUAUCACAGCCAUUAAACUCUGUUUUACAGUCACCAUUGGCCUCAUGGAGCAGUUUCCUGCCUCUCCUGCAACUGAGUUAGGAAGGACGCAUGUAUCUUUGUAGUGACUGGGUGUAUUGAUACACCAUCCAAAGUGUAAUUAAUAACUUCACCAUGCUCAAAGGGAAAUUCAAUGUCUGCGUUUUUUAAUUUUUUACCAAUCUACCAAUAGGUGCCCUUCUUUGAGGCAUUGGAAAACAUCCCUUGUGGUUGAAUCUGUUUUUGAAAUUCACUGCUCAACUGAAGGACCUUACAGAUAAUUGUAUAUGUGGGGUACAGAGACGAGGUAGUCAUUCAGAAAUCAUGUUAACCACUACUAUAAGGGGUUGAGUACUUAUUUACUCAAGACAUUUCAGCUUUUCAUAUUUAAUUUGUAAACAUUUGUAAAAACAUAAUUCCACUUUGACAUUAUGGAGUAUUCUGUGUAAGCCAGUGACACAAUCUCAAUGUAAUCCAUUUUAAAUGUAGGCUCUAACACCACAACAUUUGGAAAAAGUCAAGUGGUGUGAAUACUUUCUGAAGGCACUGUAAGUUUGCGAGAAGGUCUGCGUGUAAGUUUAUGUCAAUGAAAGUGUGUUUGUGUGAGCAUGUAGAAUAGUAUCAAAAGUGUGUUGUUGGAUCAUGUUGUGAAAGCUUUCUCUGUCUGUGUCCAGGUGCCCAGUCUGUGUGAGGACCUGCUCUCCUCUGUGGACCAGCCUCUGAAGAUCGCCCGGGAUAAGGUGGUGGGGAAAGACUACCUGCUCUGUGACUACAACAGAGACGGGGACUCCUACAGGUAGGACCUUUCCACAUAUCAAUCUCCUCAGGAACCAUGCCUGGUAUAAAUAAUGUCAUUACAAUUAUUUGUUUGUCAUACAUGAACAUUUGCCACACACACAAAUUAUAGUGACAACCCUUUAGUCACAAAGGAUUGAUUUGGAUUUUCUCUUGCUCGUUCUUGUUUUUCAGAUCCCCAUGGAGUAAUAAGUAUGAGCCUCCCAUCGACGAUGGUGCCAUGCCAUCUGCCCGCCUGCGGAAACUAGAGGUGGAGGCCAACAACGCCUUUGACCAGUACAGAGACCUGUGAGUACCAGUAUGCCAUUGGUAUGACCAAGACCGUAUGUGAGAGGAACAGACGGACUCAUUAUUGAGACUUUAGUGUAUCAUUAUACCACAGUAAUACCAUUUAUAACAUUAUUACAAAACGGGUAGGUUGGAUCCUCAAUGCUGAUUGGCUAUGCCUUGUCUGACGCAAACAAAUAUCCCGAUAAUACCACCAAUGACAGUCUUAUCAUAAAUAUCCAUGUCCUCCUCUGUGUUUGUCAGGUACUUUGAGGGUGGCGUAUCCUCUGUGUAUCUGUGGGACUUGGAUCAUGGCUUCGCCGGGGUCAUCCUCAUCAAGAAGGCCGGAGACGGCUCCAAGAAGAUCAAAGGCUGCUGGGACUCCAUCCAUGUGGUGGAGGUGCAGGAGAAGUCCAGCGGACGGACCGCUCACUACAAACUCACCUCCACCGUCAUGCUGUGGCUCCAGACGACCAAGGCCGGCUCUGGUACCAUGAACCUAGGUGGCAGUCUGACAAGACAGGUACUUGCAUACAACUGAGCGUGUGGGUGGUAGGGGGGAAUAUGUGUGGGGUGGGGUGGGGGGGGAAUUGUAGUUGUACGGAUGAUUUUGUAUGGUUGGGGGGGUUGUGUUUGUGGGGGGGGGGGGUUGUCUGUGUGUGCCUGCUCUAAGCUCUCAUAAUCUGUCUCUUGGUUUACUUGUUGCGACAUAUCUCCACUGUUCUUCUGUACUGGACUGUACAAUACCCUCAUCCCUCUCUUCUUCCAGAUGGAGAAAGACGAGACAGUUGGAGAGUCCUCCCCACAUAUUGCCAACAUCGGCCGCCUGGUGGAGGUGGGUAGAACUACACCUACUAUAUGCAUGCCCUUAUGCACACUCACUCACUGACAUAUACAGUUACACACACGCACAUGUGCCUUUUUCUUAGGAGUGGCUUCCGUCUGGCCACUCUCCCAUGAAGCCCAGAUUGGUGAAGUGCUGUAGAGACUUGUUCUUCUGGCAGGUUCUCCCAUCUCAGCCAAGGAACUCUGUAGUUCUGUCAGAGUGGUCAUUGGGUUCUUGGUCACCUCCCUGACCAAGGUCCUUCUUGCCCUGUUGCUCAGUUUGGUCGAACGGCCACCUCUAGGCAGAGUCUGGGUAGUUUAAUAUUUUUUUGCAUUUCCCAAUGAUGGAGCACAUUUCACUGUGCUCUUGGAAACUUUCAAAACUCUAGAAAUUGUUUUUUCCAAAACUCUAGAAAUUGUUUUUUCCAAAACUCUAGAAAUUGUUUUAUAGCCUUCCCAAGAUAUAUCACAAUCUCAGAAAUCGACGGACAGUUCCUUGGACUUCAUGGUAAAGUUUCUGCUCUGACAUGCACUGUCAACUGUGGGACCUUUAUAUAGAAAGGUGUUUAUUUCUAAAUCAUGUCCAAACAAUUGAAUUGGCAUCUCAAGGAUGAUCAAAAGAAAUUGAGCUCAAUUUGGAGUGUGAAUACUUUAAUUUUCAAUAAAUUAGCAACAAAUCCUAAAAACAUCUUUUCACUUUGUCGUUAUGGGGUAUUGUGUGCCGUUGGAUAAAAAAUAAAAUAACAUUUAAUCAAUUUUGAAUUCAGGCUGUUACAACAAAAUGUGGAAUAGGUCAAGGAGUAUAAAAACUUUCUGAAGGCAUAUUGAUAUGGAUAUCACAAGAUUAGUGUUCUUAUGUAAAUGUAUUUUCUAACCUCAGGAUAUGGAGAAUAAGAUUCGCUCCACUCUCAAUGAGAUCUACUUUGGGAAGACCAAGGACAUCGUCAAUGGCUUGAGGUACGUGAGCGCGGACAGACACACACACACUUGUCACAUUGAUAUAAAGUCAUUAUAUUCUGCUCCAGAUUCUCCAAGUCUCAGCACACCUGACAUCCUAAUGGGGUCUUGUUGUCACCUACUGCAUUUUCUGUUUGGCCUCUUUCACCCAUACUCCUUUUUAACCUUGGCUACUACAUCUCUAUCUGUUGACUGGGAUUUUUUCUAAUUUUUCUCUGCCAUAUUGUGUUAUCUGCUUCCCAUGUCAUUGUCUGUUUUUCAGUUCUACAUUUUUCAAACCUGUUUAUUCGCUUCCAUUUCCCCUCUCCUCCUCCUUCCCCUGUCCUAUCUCUACUCUAUGCCCUCUUGUCCCUCAUGUGUCUGUUUGUCUGCCUGUCCCUCUUCUUCUCCGUCUCUCUCCCUCUCUCCUCUCCCCCUCCUCCUGUCUCCUCUCCACUGUGCUCCAGAUCUAUUGACUCUUUGCCUGAUAACCAAAAGUAUCGGCAGCUCCAGAAGGAGCUGUCUCAGGUCCUCACCCAGCGCCAGAUCUUCAUUGACUAGGGCCAGAGGUAUCGUCUGGCAUGGGACAACAGGCUGUGUGUCUGUGGCGUUGGAGAAAUAUGUGUGUGUGCUGUUGCAUGUGUGGCGUGGUUUUGUUUGUGUGGUGAAUGAGUGCUUUCCCAGACAGUUGCAACCCCCUGACAUUGUUUCUCAAGGAGCGUUUGUUGCAGCUAAGCCAGCCGUGCCAACAUGCAGUUUGAGACAACCAACUGCAUGAGGAAGAGUCCUAGAGGAUAAACCUACCUGACUAAACAUUUAAUAUUGAUUGCACCUAGAAAGGCAGUGUCUGGAGUGUGUUAACCCAGCCAUCUUCUCUCAACAGUGAGAGAGAGUUGGAGACCGUGUGAUAUCCUCACAACUUGUUGUUUAAAAAUGAAUUUGCUCUAUAUCUCUACCUAUUUUCCCCCUCUAUCUACCCAUCUUAUUUGCUUUCUCACAAAUUCACUUUUACUACAUCUAUUAAUUGUUGAGUUCCAAAUCAACCCCUAUUCCCUUGGCACUCCCGUAUAUCUGAAACUAUUGGAAUGUUUUAUGGUACUUGUUUCACCUUAGCUUCUGUGAGGCUGAGUGAAACUUUUAUCAUAUUGCUUAGAUAAUGUGCUUAGUGGGGUAGGUGUUACGGGUUGAUUUGGAAUCUAGUGUAUAUUUAAUCUGUCUCACUCCCUCUCUUCCCUGACAGGAGUGUUCAGACCCUGGCUGACAAGUCAGGGCAAGAGGCUCUGAAGAACGACCUGAUAAAGGCAAUUCAACGCAAACAGCAAAGCUAGAGAUGCUUUUUUGUUGUUGUCUCUCUCUCUCUGUCUGU